AUUUGGACUAUACGAAAAACCUAAAGAAGCCGUUCCUGAAGCGACUGUGCCAAAGACAGCCAUGGCCAAUGUGCCAGAGACAGACAUGACCACUGGGGACCAACAGGAUAUGAAACCUGCAUUUUGGAUGACGCCAACAGUUGCUGCUGAAGCCAGGAAACCAACAAUCUUCCGGGGUACUCCAGGACAAGAUCCGACAAAAUGGCUGAAGGAAUACCAGAGAGUGUCAUCGUACAAUCAUUGGGAUGACACUAUGCAAUUAGCUAAUGCCUACUUCUUCCUGGACGGCACCGCAAGACAAUGGUACGAAAACAACGAGGACUCACUGACGUCUUGGACUUUAUUCGAAAAUGGUUUAAAAGUGACCUUUGGAGACAGCCAAUCCUACCUCAGACGAGCCAAAGACCACCUCAAGUCUCGCGCACAAAAAUCCGGCGAAAGCAUUCAGUCUUACAUUCAAGACGUUCUCG